CGGAAGUAGCGCGUUCGCUUCCGGGUUGUGUCUGCGGCGGGAGGAGCGGGGCCGGUUCGGUUCGGGCCGGGCGGUUCCGGAGGGUCCCGGGGAGGGGUCCGCGGGCGCUAUGUCCAUGUCACACCUGUACGGGACGGACGGGGAGGAUGGGGUGGAGAUGGAGAACUUCGAGGUGUCGGACUGGGACCUGCAGAACGAGUUCAACCCGCACCGGUACCGGCACCGGCAGAGCAAGGAGGAGGCGACAUACGGCGUGUGGGCCGAGCGGGACUCGGACGAGGAGCGGCCCAGCUUCGGAGGAAAGCGCUCCAGGGAUUACUCUGCCCCCGUGAACUUCAUCAGCGCCGGGCUGAAGAAAUCAGGAGCUGAGGAGGUGUCAGAGGAGGAGUCGGACGGGGAUGAGAAACCCGUGAAGCAGGAGGAGCCCAGGGAGGUUCUGCCCAAGAGGCUGAAAACGGGUGGCAAUUUCAAGCCCAGCCAGAAGGGUUUUGUAGGGGGCACAAAAUCUUUUGUGGACUUUGGGAGCUGGGAGAGACACACGAAGGGGAUUGGGCAGAAGCUGCUGCAGAAGAUGGGUUAUGUCCCUGGGAGAGGCCUGGGGAAGAAUGCUCAAGGUAUCAUCAACCCCAUCGAGGCCAAGCAGAGGAAAGGCAAAGGGGCUGUGGGGGCUUAUGGCUCCGAGAGAACCAGCCAGUCCCUGCAGGACUUCCCAGUUGUGGACUCAGAGGAGGAGGCUGAGGAGGAGUUCCAGAAGGAGCUGAGCCAGUGGAGGAAGGACCCCAGUGGGGGCAAGAAAAAGCCCAAGUACAGCUACAAGACAGUGGAGGAGCUGAAAGCCAAGGGCAGGAUCAACAAGAAGCUCUCAGCCCCUCAGAAGGAGAUCUCCCAGGUCAAGGUGAUCGACAUGACAGGCCGGGAGCAGAAAGUUUAUUACAGCUACAGCCAGAUCAGCCACAAACACAACAUCCCAGACGACAGCCCCCAGCAGCCCCUGGGUAAAGAUGCCAAACCCCAGGGCUUUUCCCUGCCCGAGCUGGAGCACAACCUGCAGCUCCUCAUCGACAUCACCGAGCAGGAGAUCAUCCAGAGCGACCGGCAGCUGCAGUACGAGAGGGACAUGGUGGUCAACCUCAGCCACGAGAUCCAGAAGAUGUCUGAGCUCCUCUCACACGAGGAGAAAGCCAUCAGCAACCUCAGCAAGGUGCUGGAGAUGGUGGAGGAGUGUGAGAGGCGGAUGCAGCCCAGCUGUGAGGACCCCCUGAGCCUGGAGGAGUGUGCCAGGAUCUUUGAGACGCUGCAGGACAAGUACUACGAGGAGUACAGGAUGUCUGACAGGGUCGACCUGGCUGUGGCCAUUGUGUAUCCCCUCAUGAAAGAUUACUUCAAGAACUGGGAUCCCCUCAAGGACUGCACAUAUGGCACAGAGAUGAUAGCCAAGUGGAAGAGCCUUCUGGAGAAUGACCAGCUGUUAUCACACAGUGGGCAGGACCUGUCAACAGAUGCUUUUCACAGGCUGAUGUGGGAAAUCUGGAUGCCAUAUGUCAGAAACAUCGUGGCUCAGUGGCAGCCCAGGAACUGUGGGUCCAUGGUGGAUUUCUUGGACAGCUGGGUAAACGUUGUUCCUGUCUGGAUCCUAGAUAACAUUCUGGAUCAGCUCAUCUUCCCCAAGCUGCAGAAGGAGGUGGAAAACUGGAAUCCUCUGACAGACACAGUGCCCAUCCACUCCUGGAUCCACCCCUGGCUGCCCCUGAUGCAGGCACGGUUGGAGCCUCUCUACUCCCCCAUCAGGAACAAGCUGGCCAAUGCCCUGCAGAAGUGGCACCCCAGUGACUCCUCUGCCAAGCUCAUCCUCCAGCCCUGGAAAGAUGUGUUCACACCUGGCUCCUGGGAGGCUUUCAUGGUCAAAAACAUCGUGCCCAAGCUGGGGAUGUGUCUGAACGAGCUGAUCAUCAACCCUCACCAGCAGCACAUGGAUGCCUUCUACUGGGUGAUUGACUGGGAGGGGAUGAUUUCUGUCUCCAGUCUGGUUGGGCUGCUGGAGAAACAUUUCUUCCCCAAGUGGCUGCAGGUGCUGUGCUCCUGGCUCAGUAACAGCCCCAAUUAUGAAGAAAUCACCAAGUGGUACUUGGGUUGGAAGUCCAUGUUCUCAGACCAAGUGCUGGCACAUCCCUCCAUCAAGGAGAAGUUUAAUGAAGCUCUGGACAUCAUGAACAGGGCUGUCUCCUCCAGUGUGGGAGGCUACAUGCAGCCAGGUGCCCGGGAGAACAUUGCCUACCUGACCCACACGGAGAGGAGGAAGGAUUUCCAGUACGAGGCCAUGCAGGAGCGGCGGGAGGCGGAGAACAUGGCCCAGCGCGGCAUCGGCGCCGCCGCCACCUCCGUCCCCAUGAACUUCAAGGACCUGAUCCAGACCAAAGCUGAGGAGCACAACAUCGUUUUCAUGCCCGUGAUUGGGAAGAGGCACGAGGGGAAGCAGCUCUACACCUUUGGCAGGAUUGUGAUUUACAUCGACCGGGGAGUGGUGUUUGUACAAGGGGAGAAGACCUGGGUGCCCACCUCCCUCCAGAGCCUCAUCGACAUGGCCAAGUGAGACCCCAGGGCUCUGAGGGAGCUGCCCCCCAAUAAAGAGCUUGCAGAUUUGUAAAGAGACUGAAACUGCAGCUGGAGGGAGGGAUUGCUUCCCUCGGAGGAGCUGUUGAGGCAGCUGGAGAGAUGGUCACAGGUAGAGGUUGUGCUGCUGCUGCAAUUGCCACUGGUGACAGAGGUUUGGCAGCAGGGGGAAGGGAUCACAGGGUGGGAUUCUCUGCUCCAGCAGCAGAGUGAGGGAUGGUCUGGCCCAGGCCUGAAGGUCCCCAGAGAUCUCUCAGCUGCUCCCUGCAGCUGCACUGCUCUGGCAGCAAGUGACUGUCCCUAACAUGUCCCUUGUCCCUCUCUGCUGUCUGCAGCUGGGACUUGUCCCUCCUCUCUCCAGGGGUGCUGGUGGCUCCUCCAGCCCUGUCCCUGCCCAUGGGCCCUCAGCUGCUCUGGGUAUCCCCUCUGUCCUGUCAAGGCAGAUCUGGAAAGGAGGGAUUUUUCCCAGCCCAGUGGGACUGCAGCAGCUCAGGGCAGAGAGAUGAAAGAGGGAAACCAAGUCUUUCCUUCCCUAGGGGGAGCUGACCUGGUUCUUCACAGAACAGAACAGAUAAAAGUGCUGAUGGCAGCAGCACUGCCUUUGCAGCCAGACACCAACACCUACAACCUCUUUUUGGGUAAUUCCCCCUUUCUGAUACCUGAAACUGUGCAGUACCUGCAGAGGCUCUGAGUUAUUCAUGAAAGGAGCUGCUCAGAGCCAGCAUGCUGCACUACAGGUGCCCUGGAAGGCAGAUUUUGGUUAAAUUUGUGAGUGUAAGUCAAAGCAGAACUUUACCUUUUAUUAAAUAAUAAAAAUAUAAAAAUGUCCCCUCGUGCUCAGAGUUCAGGUGCUGCCUGGUUUUGGCAGAGCACAGUGAGCCCCAGGCUC